AUGUGGCGGGUGUUUCAUGCAUUUUUCUGUUUUUGUUUAUUGCUCUUAGAUGGUGUGUUUGGUGAUAGAGAUGAAGUGAAGUCAGUGUCAGUGACUGAAGGAGAUUCUGUCUCUCUAAACACUGAUGUUACUGAAGUACAGAGAGAUGAUCAGAUACUGUGGACGUUUGGACCUAAAGAGACGAGAAUAGCUGAAAUCCACAGACAGAACAUUUAUAUAGAUGCCACUAAUACAAUAUUUGAGGAAAGACUCCAGAUGGACAAUCAAACUGGAUCUCUGACCGUCAGAAACAUUAGAACUGAACACACUGGACUUUAUAAACUACAGAUCAUCAACAUAGAAAGAGGAAUUUCAUACAAGAGAUUCAAUGUUUCUGUCUAUGCUCUUCUUCCUGUUCCUGUCAUCACCAGAAACUGUUCUCGUUGUUCAUCAUCAGAAACAUCUUCAAACAAGAACUGUUCAUUCCUGUGUUCAGUUGUGAAUGUGAGUGCUGUGACUCUCUCCUGGUACAAAGGAAACAGUUUAUUGUCCAGCAUCAGUGUGUCUGAUCUCAGCAUCAGUCUCUCUCUACCUCUGGAGCUUGAGUGUCUGGAUGAUUCGUACAGCUGUGUGAUCAACAAUCCCAUCACAAACCGAACCACACAUCUCAACAUCACUGAACUCUGUCACACAUGUCCAGGCACGUCAGUGACUCUGGUCAUUGUUGUGGUUCUACUGAAGCUGUGA